GAACACAUUCCGCACUUAAAAAUGAUACAUCACCCAAAGCGCAUUUUAGCAAAGUAACAAAGAAACCGAAGCCGAACGUUAAAACCGCCAUAGUAUAUAAACAUGUGUAAGAAACAAAAAAAAAAAAAAAAAACAUCGUAUUUUCCCGGCGAGUUUUCAAGAGAGAAAAUUUAUCUAAACCUUUUCUCUCUUCUGUGAAAUUUCCCGAGAAAAUUUCUCAGCUAAGGUAACUCUCAGUUGGGUUUCAACUAGUUACUCUGUUUUUGAUCAAAAUGGUGUUUUCCGGUGAAGAAGAGAAGAACACUAUGGGUACCGGUUCCGGUGGUGAAAGAGUGAAGCACAAUUUCAUGCUACCUUGUUUGAAGUGGGGGACUCAGCGUCACCUGAGGUGUAUGAAGAUUCCAUCCGGCGACGGAUCGCCGUCGAAUGGUACCAGGAGCGAAAUUGAGCCGUCGCAGAAUAAUGCGAGGAAUAGGAUCAUUACCAAACCGAGAAUCAACGGUGGUGGUAAUGAUGAAGAUGAUGAUGAUGGUGAUGAUGGGAUCGGUGCUGUUAGAGAGAAGUUGAUGCUUGAUCUGAAGACUCAAACUGCUAGGAUGAAAGAUGUGAUUUUGGGGAAAGAUGAAGAAAAUGGUGAUGCUGCUGGAGAAGGGUCUAUGGCGGGAGAGAAGACGUGGAAUUUGAGAACGAGGAGAGGUGCUGCUGGAGAGACUGGAAAGGGAUUGAAGAUUGAUGACAAGAAACCUAACGGGUCGCCGUUGAGAAAUUUUAACGGCGGAGGUAAGUUGAGAGGUGGUGGUGGUUCUCCUGAAAAGGUGAAGUUUUCUUUGACGUUAACGAAGAAGGAGAUUGAAGAAGAUUUCUUGAAGAUGACCGGUCACCGGCCGCCGAGGAGACCCACAAAGAGGCCAAGAAAUGUUCAGAAACAUAUGGAUACCAUUUUUCCUGGUAUGUGGUUGUCGUCUGAAGUUACUCCUGAUUUGUACAAGGUUCCUGAUGAUUCUGAAACCGGCAAGAAGUAGAGACGUUGAGAAUGGCAACUUGGAGGCAUGUAUUAGCUAACUGCUAGGAGUGACAACAGCUUAGGAAACAUCUGACUAUGAUGUGGGAUUUGAUUUUUGUUUUCCUGGUAGUGUAGUAGUUGAUUUGUGUCUUUUAUUGUUGCUUUCAAUGUUGUUGUUUUUGGUUGGUUCCAUAGGGAAUAGUUCAUUCUUUUGUUGAUAAACUUUAUUAUGAAUAAUUCUCGUAAGAGAUAUCAUUGGAGGGAAUGUGGUUUCAGUUUUCUACUAUGCUGUUUUCAUCAAGCUUAGUAGUUUGAAAGAACCAUGCUCUAUAAUUAUGUUGACAAUGUCAAAUUUUGGUUUCAAUUACUUUACUACAUUAUUUAAAGUAUAUUAUAUGGUUUCAAA